GGGUGCGAGGUCCCAGCUUGGCUGGACAUGGACAUGGGCCGGCACUGUGGCAGAAGGAACAUUUCCAAUAACUGGACUGGUCGCAGUUCAAAUCAUUCAAGAAAUUCCUUUGUCAAACAAACGGCUUGGGAAUCUUUCUGUAUCACGGCUCUCAGCCUGGCGGCCUAAUCCUCAGUGGUAUAGCUGGAGCUCAGGCUUCCAGCGGAAACCACUGGGGGCUUAGUGCUCCUUGCCCCACCGCCCCUUCCCGGCGCUGGUCCCGCUCCCUUGUGGCGGCGGGUGCCCGUGAGCUGCCGGCGCUACUCCGCUGUCGAGCUGAGGUCACGGGGACCGUCCCAGCGCCACCGGAGCCGACUGGCAGACGCGCCGCGUCCCCGCCGGAGAAGGAGCGAGGCCGUUCCCUGCGCAUCCCCGCAGCAUCAUGACUCUUCAGGCUGACUUUGAUGGUGCUGCAGAAGAUGUAAAAAAAUUAAAAACAAGACCAACUGAUGAAGAACUGAAGGAACUAUAUGGACUCUACAAACAGGCUACUGUUGGAGAUAUUAAUAUUGAAUGUCCAGGAAUGCUAGAUUUGAAAGGCAAAGCCAAAUGGGAGGCAUGGAACCUGAAAAAAGGUUUAUCAAAGGAGGAUGCCAUGAAUGCCUAUAUCUCUAAAGCAAGAGCAAUGGUAGAAAAAUAUGGGAUCUAGAAUAUUCAAAAUAAUUCCUACUAAUACUUAACUCUUCAGCUAAUGAACUAACUCUGUUGAGAAAAAUGCAAUACUAACUCCUUAUUGUGAGGUCUGACACUAAUAUAUUUUAAACAUAAGCUGUUUGACUGUAAAGGGUAUUUACAUAUAUAAUCUAUUUUUAGCUUGUAUAUUAAUCUAAAUAAAUUUGAACUGAAUAAAUGAA